AUGAUAUCUUACAAGCGGCGAAACAUGUUCCUUGCAGAUGGUAGACGAGUUUUGGUUGGAAACUUUAUUAUGUCCAUUUCCACUAUAAUAGUUACCUUUUAUCUCACGCAGGGGCACUUACAGGUGGGUCAGUGGCGCCUCCUGGAUGACAUCUCUCCGCGGUUGUCAGAGGCUGCGCGGAAGAUUGGAAUGCUUGAGGUUGAGUUGCCAUAUCCUUUCAACCACGUUAGCGCCGUUGUCGCCAGUCCAACAGGUAUAGCAGACGCUGGUCAUAAGGUUAUGCGUUUUUUUGGUACAAAUUUGCGUUCCAACAUCAUAACGGAAAAAGUGAAUGGGGAAGCAGCAAACUUGCUUGCUACUGGUUUUAGCAGUGAAAGUACAAUAUUGGCUCACCUGCUGUCGCCUAAGGCUGAUGGACCCCUCGGAAUAAUGGGAAUACUUCAUCUGUGCUCGGCCACCAGCUGCAUGGCCCCUUAUUUCACACAACAAUAUGCAACUGUAACGGUACGGCCUUCAGGAAAUUAUCGCCUAUUCGUAGGUGCACUUGUUUACGGAGACGUCUUCUUGGGUUCGGUCGUUGAGAAUGACCUUGCCGCUCUUGAUGUUGUGCUGCCUCGUGCCUCCAGGGGGAGGGAAGCAACAGGAGCUAUGCCACUCCACGGCGUUGUUGGCGGGAGCUAUGCGGGGAAGAGCGUGACUGUUAAGUGUUCGGUCUCAAUCAAUAGUUGUCAGUAUGAGUUUCGAGACGAUGACACUGACGCAUCACAUCCUUCAGUCACCGUCGUUCACCUGGAUGACGUAAAGUUGGGCGAGGCCGAGCUCCCUGUGAUGGGGUUUCGUGUGGUUCACAUUGAUCUUAAUUCUGAAGAACAACUUGCGAUCGUGACUUAUCUCACGGGUUUGUUGCACGUGUCCGCGAGGCCUGAGCAUAUCAUUGUUACGCUCUACCCCUCACCCUUUCUCGAAGAGACUAUAACGGCUGUGGACGUUUUGAGAGUAAGUGUGCCUUACAAUGUUUUUAUCGAGGGCGGCAGGUGCAGGUUAACGACAAAUUCAUCAACUGUGCCCUCCGCUGAAGUUCUGCGCCUCGUUUUGCGUCGGGCAGGUACCUCAGCGUCAUCUGCCCUCAACACUCGGAGCUACGCGGCCGAACCAUUAUGUGUCCUAGUACUGUCAAAGUCAAUCACGUCGUUGUCACAACUGUUGGAGCAUGUUGCACCGACCAAGCAGGAAGACGUUAUGAAAACAUUCCUGGGUACAAGCUUGGAUCAGGGCAGUCACAGAGGAGUACCAUGCAGAGGGAAACACAGCAAACCAAAUGCUUUCAAAUGGAUCUUGCUAAUAACAGUGCCGCUGCUGGUUGCUGGACUGCUCGCUUGCGGCAUGCUUUAUGGGAGAAGGCGUGUGCCGUUGUUGUGGGAGGACAAAAGACCAUAA